UAAUUGUCAUGGUUACUUUGUCAACAAAUUUUGGUGAUUUCUGAGAUUUUAUUAAUAUUUCGGUGUGCAAAAUUGUAAGUUAUGUUUGAAUCGGCUUUCUUCUUAGUACUGUUUGUAAUUUGCGGGCUUAGCUCUAGUGCUAAAACUUCUGCAAAUGACCCCACAAAGUGGGAUUAUUGCCAAUAUUCAAAAGGGUGUAAGGUAACCUUUCGUGUUGAUGGGGAACCCACCGGUUGCCCGCUCAAGACUUGUAACCAGAGAGGAACUCGCUCAGAAAUCGCACCGGAAAAAUUUAUGGAAUUUCGAAAAGCAGUUGUGGAGGCACACAAUUACUGGAGAAAUUACUACGCUUCCGGCCAGGAAAAGGAAGGAUUUAGCCAACCGGUGGCCAAUAUGGUCGUAAUGAAUUACGACUUAGAACUUGAACACUUGGCAAGAUGCUGGGGAAGAGGGUUUUUCAAUGGAUACCACGACCCAUGUCGAUGGUACCACGACGGCAGACCAGUUGGACAGAAUCUGUGGGGAAUAUCUGUGCAGAUAACCGACAUGGUGCCCAUUGUUAAAAGAGGAGUUAAAGAUUGGUACGAAGAAGUAAAAGAUAUGAAACCGGAAGCCUAUGAACAAUAUACAACAUCAAAACAUGAUCCUCCGAUCGGACACUUUACACAAGUUGUGUGGGGAGGUGCCGCCCGCGUAGGAUGUGCUGGAAUAUACACAUCGGAUGUAAAUAAAGAAAAGUUUAUUAAAAAAGUUUAUGUUUCAAGUCUUAUAUGCGACUACUAUGUUCCCGAAGGCCUUGGACCACACUCCAAUAUGCAGGAAGCUAAGAUCUUUCAACAAGGACCACCUUGCUCACAAUGUCCCUCUGUAAACAAAUAUAGUACAUGUAAUUCGAAUUACACCUCCUUGUGCGGAGAACUAGAACCAAUUCCAAGUGAUAAACCGUAUGUAUACGCCGACAAUUCAUCGCCGGCAAUAUUGUAUGGAAGAAACAUUUUUUUGAUUUUCGCUUCCACUAUUUUGAUGCUUUUGUAAUAACAAGCUUUGUAUUAAAAUUUAAAGUAAAACUGAACUAAUAAA